AUGCACGACUUCCCAACCGUGAACGUGUUGUCAGAACCACGUCAGGUAGUUGGCCUUGCACCUGGAGCCCUGCACCUGGAGCCCUGCACCUGGAGCCGUGCACCUGGAGCCGUGCACCAGGAGCCCUGCACCAGGAGCACGGCACCAGGAGCCGUGCACCUGGAGCCCUGCACCUGGAGCCCUGCACCUGGAGCCCUGCACCAGGAGCCCUGCACCUGGAGCCGUGCACCUGGAGCCCUGCACCUGGAGCCCUGCACCUGGAGCCCUGCACCAGGAGCCCUGCACCUGGAGCCGUGCACCUGGAGCCCUGCACCUGGAGCCCUGCACCUGGAGCACUGCACCUGGAGCCCUGCACCUGGAGCCCUGCACCUGGAGCCCUGCACCAGGAGCCGUGCACCAGGAGCCCUGCACCUGGAGCACUGCACCUGGAGCCCUGCACCUGGAGCCCGGCACCAGGAGCCCGGCACCAGGAGCCCUGCACCUGGAGCCGUGCACCAGGAGCCCUGCACCAGGAGCCGUGCACCUGGAGCCCUGCACCUGGAGCACUGCACCAGGAGCCGUGCACCUGGAGCCCGGCACCAGGAGCCCUGCACCAGGAGCCCUGCACCAGGAGCCCUGCACCAGGAGCCCUGCACCAGGAGCCCUGCACCAGGAGCCCUGCACCAGGAGCCCUGCACCAGGAGCCGUGCACCUGGAGCCGUGCACCUGGAGCCCUGCACCAGGAGCCGUGCACCUGGAGCCCUGCACCAGGAGCCGUGCACCUGGAGCCCUGCACCUGGAGCCCUGCACCAGGAGCCCUGCACCAAGAGCCCUGCACCUGGAGCCGUGCACCAGGAGCCCUGCACCAGGAGCCCUGCACCAGGAGCCCUGCACCAGGAGCCCUGCACCUGGAGCCCUGCACCAGGAGCCCUGCACCAGGAGCCCUGCACCUGGAACCGUGCACCUGGAGCCGUGCACCUGGAUCCGUGCACCUGGAGCCGUGCACCUGGAUCCCUGCACCAGGAGCCCUGCACCAGGAGCCCUGCACCAGGAGCCCUGCACCUGAAGCCGUGCACCUGGAGCCGUGCACCUGGAGCCGUGCACCUGGAGCCGUGCACCUGGAGCCCUGCACCAGGAGCCCUGCACCUGGAGCCCUGCACCUGGAGCCCUGCACCUGGAGCCCUGCACCUGGAGCCCUGCACCUGGAGCCCUGCACCAGGAGCCCUGCACCAGGAGCCCUGCACCAGGAGCCCUGCACCUGGAGCCCUGCACCAGGAGCCCUGCACCUGGAGCCGUGCACCUGGAGCCCUGCACCUGGAGCCCUGCACCAGGAGCCCUGCACCUGGAGCCGUGCACCAGGAGCCGUGCACCAGGAGCCGUGCACCAGGAGCCCUGCACCUGGAGCCCUGCACCUGGAGCCCUGCACCAGGAGCCCUGCACCAGGAGCCCUGCACCUGGAGCCCUGCACCAGGAGCUCUGCACCUGGAGCCCUGCACCUGGAGCCCUGCACCUGGAGCCCUGCACCUGGAGCCCUGCACCAGGAGCCCUGCACCAGGAGCCCUGCACCAGGAGCCCUGCACCAGGAGCCCUGCACCAGGAGCCCUGCACCUGGAGCCCUGCACCUGGAGCCCUGCACCUGGAGCCGUGCACCUGGAGCCGUGCACCUGGAGCCGUGCACCUGGAGCCCUGCACCAGGAGCCCUGCACCAGGAGCCCUGCACUUGGAGCCCUGCACCAGGAGCCCUGCACCUGGAGCCCUGCACCAGGAGCCCUGCACCUGGAGCCGUGCACCUGGAGCCGUGCACCUGGAGCCCUGCACCAGGAGCCCUGCACCUGGAGCCCUGCACCAGGAGCCCUGCACCAGGAGCCGUGCACCUGGAGCCGUGCACCUGGAGCCGUGCACCUGGAGCCGUGCACCUGGAGCCGUGCACCAGGAGCCGUGCACCAGGAGCCCUGCACCAGGAGCCCUGCACCAGGAGCCCUGCACCAGGAGCCCUGCACCUGGAACCGUGCACCUGGAGCCCUGCACCUGGAGCCCUGCACCAGGAGCCCUGCACCAGGAGCCCUGCACCAGGAGCCCUGCACCUGGAGCCCUGCACCAGGAGCCCUGCACCUGGAGCCCUGCACCAGGAGCUGUGCACCAGGAGCCCUGCACCAGGAGCCGUGCACCAGGAGCCCUGCACCAGGAGCCCUGCACCUGGAGCCCUGCACCAGGAGCCCUGCACCAGGAGCCCUGCACCAGGAGCCCUGCACCAGGAGCCCUGCACCUGGAGCCCUGCACCAGGAUCCCUGCACCAGGAGCCCUGCACCUGGAGCCCUGCACCAGGAGCCCUGCACCAGGAGCCCUGCACCAGGAGCCCUGCACCUGGAGCCCUGCACCAGGAGCCCUGCACCUGGAGCAGGACUACCACAAGCCCCUCACUACCACAAGCCCUUCACUACCACAAGCCCUUCACUACCACAAGCCCUUCACUACCACAAGCCCUUCACUACCACAAGCCCUUCACUACCACAAGCCCUUCACUACCACAAGCCCUUCACUACCACAAGCCCUUCACUACCACAAGCCCUUCACUACCAAAUCUUGCCCACAUCUCAAGUUACUGGGAAGGGGAAACCACGCAUGGUAGAAAGUGAGAAGUGUGGUGUCCAGGGUAAAUAA